UACCAAAGCAUAAAUGAUAUAUUGCAGUUAUUAAUCGCUGAGAUGGAAAGCUACUGUAAAUAUGCUAUAGGUUACGAAAAGGUUAUCUUGCAACAGUAUGUCGACAGAUAUGCGAUGUUUUACGCUGCGACUGCAAUGUGGUUUUAUUUAACAGCGUUUGCUGUUAUUUGCAGUCCACCAUUUUUAUCUGAACCUUUUCCAACGUAUGCUAAAUAUCCAUUCAACGUAAAUUAUCAACCAUUACGAAUGAUCAUUUACGUACAGCAGAGUUCUGUUGGCAUGCAGAUGGCAUCAAUCUUAUGUAUCAAUGUUCUUAUUGCACUUUUACUUUGGUUUGCUUCAGCUAGAUUUGAUAUGUUGUGCUAUGAAUUACGAAUGAUAUCAAAUGUUUACGAACUGACACAGUGUAUUCGGAAGCACCAACAAGUACUACGAUAUGCAAAUGAUGUAACUCACUCAGUUCGAUUUUUGGUUCUCACAAUAGUUGGCGGUAGUGCAGCGGCAAUAUUAUUCGUCGGUCUCACUCUUGUCAGUCAACAACCAUUAAUUAUCAAAAUGCAAUUUUGUGUGCUAAUUUUCACCCGUCUUUCCCAAGUGUUUAUGUGUUGCUGGCCUGCUAACAAUCUACUGGUUGCA